CAACUUUUGAUCGAUUAUCAGUUGUGUUUGGUCGUGUUUCGCAUGGUUUUGCAGGAUUUCGAUGCAUGAUCUGUCAUCAUGCCUGCUACGGCUAUGCAUAAAUUUUUAACAUUUGUAGGAUUUACAUCUAUAUUACAUGCAGCUUAUUCUGCUGCACAACAUCGUUCCUACUUGCGAAUCACGGAACAGGAAUUCACUACUUUGCCAAUAGAUAUUUUAAUCCAAGGUAUAGCCAGCUUAUUUAUUGUAAUGUAUGGAGUUAUGUAUAUUGCUGGUGAUUUUAAAGAAAUUCGGGCAGUUGUUGAUUUGGAAAAUAAAUCUUGGGAGACAUUGCGGAAUCUACCAUCUUUCCAAGUAUUUAAUCAUCGUGGAAGAUCUCUCUCACCAGAAUAUAUUCCUGAAUAAAACAAUAUUCUUUAUAUUAAAUUAUUAAUAAAAAUCAUGGAUGCAUGAAUUUA